AUGGCGGCCCCCUAUCGUCAGCCAGAGGAGGCAGUCGAUGACUCCGAGUUCAUCGACGACCAUCAUGAUCACCUCCGCGACACCGUCCACCAUCGCCUACGGGCCAACUCCGCCAUCAUGCAGUUCCAGAAGAUCCUCGUCGCCAACCGCGGCGAAAUCCCCAUUCGGAUCUUCCGUACCGCUCACGAACUCUCCCUCCAGACGGUCGCCAUCUUCUCCCAUGAGGACCGUCUCUCCAUGCACCGUCAGAAGGCCGACGAGGCCUACAUGAUCGGCCACCGCGGCCAGUACACCCCCGUCGGCGCCUAUCUGGCCGCCGAUGAGAUCGUCAAGAUCGCCCUCGAGCAUGGCGUCCACUUGAUCCACCCCGGCUACGGGUUCUUAUCCGAAAACGCCGACUUUGCCCGCAAGGUCGAGAAGGCCGGCAUGGUCUUCGUCGGUCCCACCCCCGACACCAUUGACAGCCUCGGUGACAAGGUCUCCGCCCGCCAGCUGGCCAUCCGCUGCAACGUCCCCGUCGUGCCCGGCACCGAGGGCCCCGUCGAGCGCUACGAGGAGGUCAAGGCCUUCACCGACACCUAUGGCUUCCCCAUCAUCAUCAAGGCCGCCUUCGGUGGUGGUGGUCGCGGCAUGCGUGUCGUGCGCAACCAGGCCGACCUGCGCGACUCCUUCGAGCGUGCCACCUCCGAGGCCCGCUCCGCCUUUGGCAACGGCACCGUCUUCGUCGAGCGCUUCCUCGACAAGCCCAAGCACAUCGAGCGUCGUCACCAGAAGGUCGUCGAGGUCGCCCCCGCCAAGGACCUGCCCACCGAUGUGCGCGACCGCAUCCUGUCCGACGCCGUGAAGCUGGCCAAGUCGGUCAACUACCGCAACGCCGGUACCGCCGAGUUCCUGGUGGACCAGCAGAACCGCCACUACUUCAUCGAGAUCAACCCCCGUAUCCAGGUCGAGCACACCAUUACCGAAGAAAUCACCGGCAUCGAUAUUGUCGCCGCCCAGAUCCAGAUCGCCGCUGGCGCCACGCUGGAGCAGCUCGGUCUGACUCAGGACCGCAUCUCUACCCGCGGCUUCGCCAUUCAGUGCCGUAUCACCACCGAGGAUCCCUCCAAGGGCUUCUCCCCCGACACUGGCAAGAUCGAGGUCUACCGGUCCGCCGGUGGUAACGGUGUCCGUCUCGACGGUGGAAACGGCUUCGCCGGCGCCAUCAUCACCCCCCACUAUGACUCCAUGUUGGUCAAGUGCACCUGCCGCGGGUCCACCUAUGAGAUCGCCCGUCGCAAGGUCGUUCGUGCCCUGGUCGAGUUCCGUAUCCGCGGCGUGAAGACCAACAUCCCCUUCCUGACCUCCCUGCUGAGCCACCCCACCUUUGUCGAUGGCAACUGCUGGACCACCUUCAUCGACGACACCACCGAACUCAGCAUCAAGGGUCAGAUGGGUGAGCCCAAGUUCAAGGGCGAGAUCAUCAAGCCCAAGCUGCUGGAUGCCCAGGGCAAGCCGCUGGACGUCUCGCAUCCCUGCACCAAGGGUUGGAAGCAGAUCAUCGACCAGGAGGGCCCCGUCGCCUUCGCCAAGGCCGUCCGCGCCAACAAGGGCUGCUUGAUCAUGGACACCACCUGGCGUGACGCCCAUCAGUCGCUGCUGGCCACCCGUGUGCGCACCAUUGACCUGUUGAACAUCGCCCACGAGACCAGCCACGCCCUGUCCAACGCCUACAGUUUGGAGUGCUGGGGUGGUGCCACCUUCGACGUCGCCAUGCGCUUCCUCUACGAGGACCCCUGGGACCGUCUGCGCAAGAUGCGCAAGGCCGUGCCCAACAUCCCCUUCCAGAUGCUCCUCCGUGGCGCCAACGGCGUGGCCUACUCCUCCCUCCCCGACAACGCCAUCUACCACUUCUGUAAGAACGCCAAGAAGUGCGGUGUCGACAUCUUCCGUGUCUUCGACGCCCUCAACGACGUCGACCAGCUCGAGGUCGGCAUCAAGGCCGUCCACGCCGCCGAGGGUGUGGUUGAAGCUACCGUUUGCUACAGCGGUGACAUGCUGAACCCCAAGAAGAAGUACAAUCUGGAGUACUACCUGGCGCUGGUCGACAAGAUCGUCGCCCUGAAGCCCCACGUUCUCGGCAUCAAGGAUAUGGCCGGUGUGCUGAAGCCCCAGGCUGCGCGUCUGCUGGUCGGCUCCAUCCGCGAGCGCUACCCCGACCUCCCCAUCCACGUCCACACCCACGACUCUGCCGGUACUGGUGUGGCGUCCAUGAUCGCCUGUGCCCAGGCCGGCGCCGACGCAGUGGAUGCCGCCACCGACAGCAUGUCCGGCAUGACCUCGCAGCCCAGCAUCGGUGCCAUCCUCGCCUCUCUCGAGGGCACCGAGCACGACCCCGGCCUCAACUCGGCCCACGUGCGCGCCCUCGACAGCUACUGGGCCCAGCUGCGUCUGCUGUACUCACCCUUCGAGGCCAACCUCACCGGCCCCGACCCGGAGGUCUACGAGCACGAGAUCCCCGGUGGCCAGCUGACCAACCUGAUCUUCCAGGCUAGCCAGCUGGGUCUGGGCCAGCAGUGGGCUGAGACCAAGAAGGCCUAUGAGGUGGCCAACGACCUGCUGGGUGACAUCGUCAAGGUCACGCCCACCUCCAAGGUGGUCGGCGAUCUGGCCCAGUUCAUCGUCUCCAACAAGCUGAGCGCGCAGGAUGUGAUCGACCGCGCCGCCGAGCUGGACUUCCCCGGCUCCGUCCUGGAGUUCCUCGAGGGCCUGAUGGGUCAGCCCUUUGGCGGGUUCCCCGAGCCGCUGCGGUCCCGCGCGCUGCGCAACCGCCGCAAGCUCGACAAGCGGCCCGGUCUCUAUCUGGAGCCGCUGGAUCUGGCCGCGAUCAAGAACCAGAUCCGCGAGCAGUUCGGCAGCGCCACCGAGUACGACGUGGCCAGCUACGCCAUGUACCCCAAGGUGUUUGAGGACUACAAGAAGUUUGUGCAGAAGUACGGCGACCUCUCGGUGCUGCCGACGCGCUACUUCCUGGCCAAGCCCGAGAUCGGCGAGGAGUUCCACGUAGAGCUGGAGAAGGGUAAGAUGCUGAUCCUCAAGCUGCUGGCCAUCGGACCCCUGUCCGAGCAGACCGGCCAGCGCGAGGUGUUCUACGAGGUGAACGGUGAGGUGCGCCAGGUCAGCAUCGACGACAAGAAGGCCUCGAUCGACAACACGGCGCGCCCCAAGGCGGAUGUGGGCGACAGCAGCCAGGUCGGCGCGCCAAUGAGCGGUGUGGUGGUGGAGAUCCGCGUGCACGACGGUCUGGAGGUGAAGAAGGGAGAUCCUCUGGCUGUUCUGAGCGCCAUGAAGAUGGAAAUGGUGAUCUCGGCUCCGCACAGCGGCAAGGUGUCCGGGUUGCUGGUCAAGGAGGGCGAUUCCGUGGACGGCCAGGAUCUGGUCUGCAAGAUCACCAAGGCGUAA